ACCUCUGGUCGCUUCGCCAGCCUCCUCGGAGCGGCUAGCGCAGAGGCGGGAACGAGCUUGACUGGAGCGCGCCGCGUCAGUGCCAGUGGACUGUUUGCUCUCUGGGAGAGAGGGAGACGCGUACGGUGGGACUGAACUGUGGCGAGGAAUAAAACGAGAAAAAAGGCGAAAAGUAUUUAUUUCUCAGUUAAUAUUUACCCAGCCGAAUACUGCCACUCAAAGAACAGGAUUGGGACAGUGAAGCGAACCAUGUGGAUUACUUUACCCCUGAGAAAGUGAACAACGGAGCUCUACAGGGGAUGGCUGACAAAGAUGGCAAGGCAGACUUGCCCAUUAUUCCUGGGCAGGUUUACGUUGAAGUGGAAUAUGACUACGAGUACAAGGCAAAAGACAAGAUGAUCGUGAUAAAGCAAGGAGAGCACUACAUCCUGGUCAAAAAGACCAACGAGGACUGGUGGCAGGUCAAACAGGAUGAGAACACCAAGCCCUUCUACGUGCCAGCUCAGUAUGUGAAGGAGCUGAGGAAGGCACUCAUGCCACCACAGAAGCCCCUGCUCUCUAGUCCCAGCGGAUCUUUGAAAGGAAAGUCCAGUGCUCUGGACAUCCAGCCUUCGCACAGGUCCAACGAGAACCUGGCUAAGACCCCAGAGCUUUCCAGCUUUGGAAAGCACCCACCAGCCCUACCCAGAGACGCUAACCAGAACCUAGCUCCAGGGAGCAGCCCGGGGCUGAGCCGGCGAGUGGGAGAGCACCACCAGAACAACAACAACACUUCAAGGGUGGGCACUGAUUCUCCACCUCCUAGGAUCCCCAAUCACAACAAGGCAACCACGUUGGUGCGGGAGCCAGUCCUUGAUGUGGAUGCUGAAAAAACGCCCCCCCAUGAACACCCCCACGGCAAUUUGAUCGGAGACGGCUUGGAGAAACACCGGAACGACUCAGAGUCUGGAGAUGACCUGAGCAGCAGCUCCACAGAACACAUGCAGACCACUUCCCCGACAGGCCAGGGCAGAGCAGAGUCUCCAGUGUAUGCAAACCUGCAGGAGCUGAAGAUCUCGCAGUCCAGUCUGCCGCCCGUCCCCUCCAGCUCACCCCUGCACACCAUCGGGGAGUGGGACACUCACAAAGAUCUCAACGGGAGGCACUACUACUUCAACAGGGCCACCCAGGAGCGCACAUGGAAGCCCCCUCGUGCCCGGGACACCAGCAGCAGCAGCAGCAGCAGCACCCGAGGGGAGCCUCACGUCUCUGGGGAUCAGGAGCCCCUUUCUUCCGAAGAGAACUGCCACAGCACUUAUUCCAGCCAGUCAGAUAGUCAGUAUGGGUCUCCUCCCCGAGGCUGGUCUGAGGAGCUGGAUGAACAUGGGCAGACCUUGUAUGUCAGUGAAUAUACUAAUGAAAAGUGGAUAAAACAUGUUGAUGAACAAGGUCGACCAUAUUACUAUAGCGCAGAUGGUUCAAGAUCUGAAUGGGAACUACCGAAAGUGAGUAAGCAAGCUGAAGAACAGAAACCAUAUAAACUCUCGCCACCAGUGCCAGGAGAAUUUCCUAAAAGCAGAAGUCUGGACCGGAAGCAAGUUGACCCUAUAGUGUUAACAAAGUGGAGAAACAGCACAUAUGUGCUUGAUUUAAGUGACAAGUUGUCUGUCGUACACAAGCGUAAUGCAUCUGAACAUCACACGGGGGUUAUUGCUCCCCCACCUUAUCAUGAACAAGAAUCUCCAACCACUCCAAAGCAAGGCUUUCCUGAUUCCGAUUCUUGCCCUUCCUCUCCAAAGCACCCCACAGCUGCUUCGGAGAAAUGUGGAGUGUUAAAUGUAACCAAAAUCACAGAACAUGGAAAGAAAGUUAGGAAGAACUGGACAUCCUCGUGGGCUGUGCUGCAGGGCUCCACAUUGUUAUUUGCCAAAGGUCAAGGUGGCGGGACUGGUUGGUCGUACUACCAAAGGGGCUCAAUCCCUGAGCUGCUCCUCUCGCUGCUAGCCAACUGGAAACACUCAGUCAAGCGGCGGCCUGCCGUCUCCUAUGUAAACUCUGGCCCUGUUACAGCUGCCACUAAGUUUGGGGGCAGUCAGUCUAAACCCGAGUUUACUGUGGAUCUUAGAGGGGCGAUCUUGGAAUGGGCUUCAAAAGACAAAUCCAGCAAGAAGCGUGUCCUGGAGCUAAAAACACGGCAAGGAACUGAGCUGCUAAUUCAGUCUGAAAAUGAUACUGUUAUCAACGACUGGUACAAAGCACUGGGAGAGAUGAUAAGUACUCAUGCUUGGGAGUCUGACGAAGCAAUCGAAGAGGACAUGCCAGAGUCUCCUGGAGCCGAUAAACACGACAAGGACAGCAGAGACUCGAAGAAGUCACGCACCAUGAAGAGCUCUGUCAGUAUAGAUUCUUCAGACCAGAAGAAGACCAGAGUAAAACUGAAGAAGUUCCUGACUCGCCGACCCACACUGCAGGCAGUCAGAGACAAGGGCUAUAUUAAAGAUCAAGUAUUUGGAUGUAACCUGACCAGCCUCUGUCAGAGAGAGAAAACUACUGUGCCAAGCUUUGUUAGGAUGUGUAUCGAUCAUUUAGAAAACAACGGUUUAAAUGUUGAUGGUUUAUACAGAGUAAGUGGAAACCUGGCUGUGAUACAGAAGCUACGAUUCGCUGUAAAUCACGAUGAGACUCUGGAUCUGAAGGAUAGUAAAUGGGAAGAUACUCAUGUCAUCACUGGAGCGCUGAAGAUGUUCUUUAGAGAACUGCCCGAGCCUCUCUUCACACAUAACUACUUCAAUGACUUUGUCAGUGCUAUCAAAAGUCAGGAUUACGAGCAGCGUGUGCAGUCUAUAAACGACUUAAUCAAGCAGUUACCAAAACCUAACCAGGACACCAUGCAGGCACUCUUCAAACACCUCAGAAAAGUUAUAGAACAUGGAGAAGAGAACCGUAUGAACACUCAAAGUGUUGCUAUAGUGUUUGGCCCAACUCUCCUAAGACCCGAGACAGAGACUGGAAACAUUGCAGUACAUAUGGUGUAUCAGAACCAGAUUGUAGAAUUGAUCCUACUGGAAUACGAGAGCAUUUUCGGCAGGUAAAACCGCAUGAGAAGGGGACAAACUUGCCAAGCUAUGUACCAUGCAAUUGAAGCUUACACUUGUGACUUAUGCUAUGGACCAAGCAGGGAAAAAAAACUUCUAAAAACUUUUCACUUAACAUUUUGGAGCUAUAUUUUUUUCUUUUGGUUGCCAUUCCUGCAAGUAGAUGUUGUUACUUCAGGAGUCUGUGGUGUUUACCCUACUGAAAAUGGAUCAAUCCAUUGCAAAUACAUAACAAGACGGUACAGUAAUAGAGAUUAAUCCUGGCCUAAGUUGCAAAGACAAGUAAAUAUUGCAGGCAUAUGUUGCAUACACUGGAUUCCUUGGCCAGUAUUGACAAUUGGACGUCUCAACGAGGUUCACUGCACAUCUGUAAGGGUUCGGAAGCCACUGCCUUCUGGCAUUGGUUGCAUCAGCGAUUUAUAAAAUGAAAAAAUAAAGGUUGAUUUAUUACAGUUUUGUCUGGAUAAAGUGUUCUGUUGUGAGUGUUGCUGUUUGUGUGCAUGUACAUGCUUUCUGCACAGUGACUGCUCGGGCUGGAAGGGUUCCUCCGAAGGCACACUGCUGCCCGGCAGUGCAUCACAGCACACCUUUAUUUCAUCUAAAUAAAUAUCAAAGACUUGGAUGUGCUGAAAGGAAGAGAGUAUCCUACUUCUAGGGUACCUGGGUUCUGUUUUAUAUUAUUAUUAUUAUUAUUAUUAUUAUUAUUAUUAUUAUUAUUAUUAUUAUUAUUAUUAUUAUUAUUAUUAUUAUUAUUAUUAUACUGGAAAUGUUCACAGUAUUGUAGAGCACUUGUUAAACUACUACUGAUCAAAAACAGGUUAAUCCUGUUAAAGCAUUUGGGGGGGUGUGUUCAUAUGGAAUUAGCACAUUGCAGUUCUAUGCAUUUAUCAUUGUGCCAAUGCUCUAUAAAUAUGUCUGGUCCUAGUGUCAGCCAGUCAUAUACAACUGAAAUGUCUUGAAUGCGGAGGAAAUAAUCAAAACCUGUGUUAUGGAAUUAAAUUUGUUGUAAAUAAGCUAAUGGUCUGAUCACCUUUAGCAAGUGUACAUAGAUUUAAUGUAUAGUUUCAUGAACUAAUGUAGGCUUCACUCCUACAAGAACAGUUUAUUUGCAUAGCUUUAAGACCAGUAUUUUCUGGUGCUUUGCUGGGUUAGAGUUAAAAGGGUACUUGAGUUCCUGAGGACAACUUUUAUUACAGGUAAAUACUAACUUUGUGCACUUUCUGUCUUUUUUUAUUUUUUUUCUCCCAUUUCCAAGGCAAUAUUACCUGUUAUGAAAAUGGUACUGGAAAUAGUAUUGAAUAGACUUAUGGCAAAUAGAUGGUACAUUGUAAACAGCCUUUUAAAAUGAUAUGUACAGCUUAAUUUUGAGAAAUUGCCUAGUGGAAUCUAUUGUACAAAUCUAACCAUAAAUGAACUUUGUACGUAUGCUUUGGUGGUGAGUGAUGGUAGUUUAAAAAAGAAUCACCUUCAUUUUUAUUUUUUAUAUAUAAAUAUAUAAAUAUUCAAUAACAUAGACUGAUUGUUAAAAAAAAAGAAAAAAAAUGGUUUGGGAAGUUCAUCUGUUACUGGGGCAUGGUCAACUGCACAUUUUUAUUAAUGUAAUUUUCUAGACUAACUGCUGUUUGUGACACUGAUAUGUCUAAUCUGAAUUAAAGAAGAAAAAAAAAGUUGA